CCUCGAAAGCGCAAGGUCCUGAGUCCGAUCCCAGGUACUGAAAAAAAAAAAAACUUUCUGAGAAUCUAUAAGUAUUUCCAAGUGAAAACAUAAACUUUGUCAAAUUUUAUAUCAUUUCGGUGGCCUUCAUAAUAAAAUAAGAAACGCUUCCAUAGCAUAUAAUAUGCUAUAAGCACUUUAUAUAUACAUAGGCUUAUUAGUCCUCCCAAAGGCCACUUUGAUGAGCACUGCUGUUAUCCCCACUUUAUAAAUGGGACCUUAGAGCACACAGUGGUGCUGGAAUUACCAUGUGGAAUGAAGCAAAUUAUAGUCUCUGUCCAUUUGUUUCUUACAAAUCCAGUGACUCUAAGGAAAAUCUCAGUAAAUGGGAGACUUUCAGAAUAGUGCUAAAAUUGUACCAAGGGUUCUACUUGGCUUGUUUAUUUUGGCUGUUCAUCACCUAACAAGAUUGCUUUUGUUUUACAGUAAGAACGUUGAUGAUAACCAGGUCAAGGAUUGCCUAGUUCAGCUGAAAUGUCACUUUACAUGGGAACUGGUAAUUGAAGAAGUUGAAUUAUCAGAUUUAGAAAGCAGGGUCUUGGAAGAGAUUGAGUUCCUCAGCACCAAGUACAGUGUGAGAAUUUAUAACCUUCUGGCCUAUGUGAAACACCUGAAAGGCCAGAAUGACAAAGCCCUGCAGAGCCUGAAAGAUGCUGAAGACUUAAUCCAGAGAAAGCAGGCUGACCAGUUAGACAGGAGAAGCCUGGUGGCCUGGGGCAACUAUGCCUGGGUGCAUUACCACAUGGGCAGGUUGGCAGAUGCUAAGAUGUAUCUGGACAAGGCUCAGAAUGUUUGUAAGAAGUUAUCAAGUCCCUUUCACUAUAGAAUGGAGUGCCCUGAAAUGGACUGUGAGGAAGGAUGGGCCUUGCUGAAGUGUAGAAGAAAGAAUUAGGAGCGGGCUCAGGCCUGCUUUCAAAAUGCUUUGGAAAUGGAGCCUGAAAACCCUGAAUUUAAUACUGGGUAUGCUAUCAUGGCCUGUCACCUGGAUUAUGCUAACAAAGUGUGCAAGAAUGGGAAAGCAUUUUCUCUAGGCCCCCUGAGAAAGGCCAUGAGGCUGAAUCCUGAAGAUACAUACAUCAAAGUCCUCCUUGCCCUGAAACUUCAGGAUAUAGGUCAGGCAGCUGAAGGAGAAAAGUACAUUGAAGAAGCUCUGAGCAAGAGGUCCUCCCAGAUCUAUAUCUUUCGAUAUGCAGCCAUGUUUUAUCAAAAAGAAAACUGUGUAGAUAAAGCUCUUGAGCUUCUUCAAAAGGCCUUGCAGGCAACAACCACCUCUGCUUUCCUGAAUCAUCAGGUAGGGCUUUGCUACAGGGCAAAAGUAUUCCAAAUAAAGGUGGCUACUACAUAUACACACCCAAGAGGUCAGGAGAGAGAGGAUAUGGACAGGUAUAUAAGAUUAGCCAUAUUUUAUUUGGAAUUUGCUCUAAAACAAAAGCCCACAUUUGACAUUGCUCUUCUGCACCUGGCACUUAUGUAUAUUGAAGCAGGGAAGUACAGAGAAGUUGAAGACAGUUUUCAAAAGUUGUUACACAUGAAACCUGUGAGAAAAACAGUACAAGAGAGAUAUUUCUACUAUGGCAGAUUUCUGGAAUAUCAAAAGAAAUCUAACACUGAUGCAAUUAACCAUUAUUUAAAGGCAACACAAAUAGGAGAGUCAUCAUUUAUAAGAGAUAAAAGUAUUAAUCCUGUUGAGAAAUUAGUUUUAAGGAAACUUCAGAGAAAUGCAUUUGACAAGGAAGGCUUGAGUGUCUUAGAGUUUGUCCAUGAAUUGAGAGGGGAAAUGAAUGAAGCCCUAGGGUACUAUGAGCAUACCCUGAGCCUGCCUGCUCAGAGAAAGCUGUGGGAACUGAUGCCUAGAUGCUGAAAUCUCAACCGCUUUCACUUUUCAUAUUCUUUUCCAUUAGUAUUUAUUUUUCUAUUCCAUUAAUAUUUGCUUGUUGCUUUCAGAAACAUGUAUUAUGUAAUUCAGUGUAAUGAUGUAAUAUUUUCAAACCUGGUGAAGCAUCA